GUCAAUGUCACCUGAGAGUCAAUGUCAGUCAGUCACAACAUACACACACAACAAAGGCAGGCUCCUUAGUGAGUUCUCGUCUGUCUGUCGGCAUCCAAUAAAUAAUCACGUAGUAAUCUCCAGUGGCUGUAUGAUCCUGCGGAGAGUCCGCCUCUUCUGCUCCCUCUCUGGCUGCAUGUCGAAGGGCCACAGGUCGUUGUAGCACCGCUCAAACACUCGCCUCGUGCACUCCCGCGCUACAGACUCAUCUACACACACACACACGCACACACACACACACACACAGAGGGGCGGGUGAUGGGAUGCAAUUCAGAGCUGGUUGUGUUGUGGGUGUGCCCACGGGCCCACCCGAGCAUCGCUUGCUGUCUUGGAGCGACGUCAACACGCGAUGAGCAAGGCACCGCUGACCACAAUCACACACAGACGAGCACAUGACAUGUCCGGCCAUUAGUGCAUAUCGGCCACCCAGGUGCAGCUGAGCUCAGCUGCCCACCCCACUGCAUGUCUGUCUCACCCCUUUCUUUGAGUUGGCGACAGGGUGGUCGAUGUCGAGGGAUCUGAAGCUCUCCUUUGGGAUGAGGAGCGUCGCCAUCCGACUGCACUGAUGACUCAAAUUGUACGCACGCACCUGCAGAAGAAACAUGAAUCAGUCAGUGAACAAACGACACACGCAGGCAGCCAGGCACCCUGAUGUGAUGCAUGCAAGCAUCGGGAGGGAAUGGCUGGAUGGCAAUGGCCAGCCAUUGUCUGUCUGUCUGUCAUAUGGCUGCCAGCCCUCCGUCCUCCGUUGAGUGUUUGUCUUGUCACCUCAGUGCAUGCGAUGUGGUCACAGUUGUCGGGGUCGAUCUUGGCGCGGGCAAAGUCAAACGCAUGAACCAACUGCACACACAGACAGACAGACAGACAGACAGGGGCAGACAGGCUCCCAUGCGCCACACCCCACCCACCCGCUCACUCACUCACUUCAUGGCUGAGCAGCCUCCUGAACUCCACAAAGUUCCAUAUCUUAUUGGCGCACAUCCAUAUCUGUCAGUCAAUCCCAUCCCCACACACAACACAACACAACACAACAUAACACAUGAACCAACCCACUCAUCUCAUCUCAUUAGCUAUAUGCAUGCACCAUCCAUCCAUCCAUCCCCACCAGACCACCUUAUGGUGUUUGGGUGAGUAUCCCGCCUUGUGUGGCGCAUCCCUAUCGCAGUGCACACACAUGAGCUCGGGCGGCGCCUGCAUGGCCGUCAGCGCGUGGGAGAGCACCACGUUGCGCCAGUGCCGGAGGGCGUUGCGCGAGUACCACUGGCACCGCUUGAAGGCAAAGUAGCCCAGCCGCUUGUCGCACUGGGGCUCAAUAAGGAUGUCCUGCGACAGCUGGAUGCGGGCAGGGGAGGAACAGGGAGGGGGAGAGGGAGAGAGGGAGGGGGUGUCGGCCACAGGUUGGCCGAGGUGCUGGUACUCAUGAAUCCACGUCCACAUAAUAAUAAUGGCAUUAAGUGGUCAGGCAGCGGACAGGACGCAAUCAAUAGUUAACACUCCUGCCUGCCGGGCGAUGGAUGAUGAUUCGUUGACUGACUGACCCUCAACACAUCGAUUCGAUGUAGGGCAAGGCAGACAGACACAACGCAGGUAGACAGGCGAAGCUGCAAACAAACAGAGAAGCAAACACAAACGCAUCGCACUGCACAAGUUCGAAGGAUCAUCGAAUCGACCAAGCCCCGCGAUGGAUGGAGGCGCAGCUCUAUUCUCUUCCUUACCUGCACCGCGUGGCGUCUUGUCACAAGCCUUGAAUGCACUCAGUGCAGAUCUUGCAUCGUUUCUUGCCGGAACGUGAUCCCCAACAGCUCAUGUGUCUCGUGGGAGUGCGGCAGCGGUUUCAG